CACAGUUUAAGCCCAUCAGAGUUCUCUCAUAGAGUGCGCUACGUUGCUUUUUCCUCCUCCAAAACAUGAAGCAAAAAAUUAUUAUCCGAGUGCAAAUGACCUGUGAAAAAUGCAGAAUCAAGGCCAUGAAGAUUGCUAGCAACACUAAUGGUGUGAUCUCAGUGGCAGUAGAAGGGUCUGAUAAAGAUCAAUUGGUGGUGAUUGGCGAAGGUGUGGACUCCGCUAACUUGACCAGCUCGUUGAGGAAGAAGCUUUCCAAAGGUGCCGCCAUUUUGAGCGUUGAAGAAGUGAAGGAGAAAGAAAAGCCGGCGGAAGAGAAGGAAAAGCCAAAGGAGGAUAAGAAUCCAAAUAAUCCUGAAGAACAUGCGCUAGUGUUCCAUCAAUAUCCACCAGUUCCCAUGUUCUGUGAAGUAGUCUAUGAUCCUGAUCCAAGUUUCUGCUCCAUCAUGUGAUCUAUGAGCUGAGAAUUUUACUCUCUCUCUCUCUUUUUUUUUUUUU